AAUCAUGAUUUCCUGGUUCGAUUACGACACCACAUAAAGCGCUGCAAUCUCUUUUUUAUGGGUCGUUUUUGAACGAGUCAUCUGAGCCAUUGAUCCUGACACCAGAGUGAAGAAGUACUCCUCAGUCCUCCAUUACCAAAUCUGCAUGAAGCUUGAUUCCCAGCAUGGCUUGGAGCCUUGGUUGGACAUGGACAAUACUCUCACUCAUUAUGCUUGCUUAUCUCCUGCAAGAAUAUUGGGUAUGGAAAAGCAGGAACAAGAACAGGAAAUUACCUCCUGGUCCAAGAGGAUUUCCUAUUUUUGGGAAUCUUCAUAUGUUGGGGGAAUUCCCUCACCAAGAUCUGCAUCGAUUAGCCAAAAAACACGGCCCCAUCAUGUACUUGCAAUUAGGCUUUGUCCCUGUUAUUGUUGUCUCAUCUCCUGAAGCUGCCGAGCUGUUCCUCAAAACACAUGACCUUGUAUUUGCAAGUAGACCAUCGCAUGAGGCUGCCAAGCUUAUCUCUUAUGAGCAAAAGAACUUGUCCUUUUCUCCAUACGGCUCUUACUGGCGCAACGUACGCAAGAUGUGCACGCUCGAAUUGCUCAGCAAACUUAAAAUCAAUUCUUUCAAAUCCAUGAGAAAACAAGAGCUUGGCUCACUGGUAAAGUUUCUUCAAGAGGCGGCUGCUAAUUGUGCUGUAGUCGAUCUCAGCGCGAAGGUUUCAUCAUUCAGCUCGGAUAUGAGUUGUCGUAUGGUGUUGGGGAAGAAGUACAUGGAUAACGAUUUUGAUGAGAGGGGAUUCAGGGCUCUAAUCCAGGAGGGAAUGGAGCUUUUAGCAGUCCCCAACCUUGGUGAUUACAUUCCUUGUAUUGCUCCCGUUGACCUUCAGGGGUUGAAACGACGCAUGAAGGCUAUAAGUAAGAUAUAUGAUGACUUUUUGGAGAAGAUCAUCGAUGAGCAUGUCCAAUCCAAGGACGAAAAUAAGACUAAGGACUUUGUUGACGUCAUGUUGAGUUUCAUGGGAUCUGAAGAAUCUGAGUACCUUAUUGAACGUCCAAACAUCAAAGCAAUCAUUUUGGACUUGCUUGCAGCCUCAAUGGACACUUCAGCAACAGCAAUUGAUUGGGCACUCUCAGAACUGAUGAAGCAUCCACGUAUAAUGAAGAAACUUCAAAAGGAGCUGGAAAAUGUGGUGGGCUUGAAGAGGAUGGUAGAGGAAGCAGACUUGGAUAGAUUGGAUUACUUGAGUAUGGUUGUAAAGGAAACCUUCAGGCUACAUCCAGUAGUACCACUUUUGCUUCCUCAUGAGGCCAGGGAAGAUUGCACAGUUAAUGGUUUCCACAUACCCAGGAAGUCUAGAAUCAUAAUAAACGUAUGGGCAAUUGGGAGAGACCCAAGAGUUUGGAGUGAUGCAGAGAAGUUCUUCCCGGAGAGGUUUCUUGGUAGAAACAUAGAUCUCAGGGGACAUGACUUCCAACUAAUCCCAUUUGGUUCUGGCAGAAGAGGCUGCCCAGGGAUGCAAUUGGGUCUGACUGUGGUUCGGCUAGUGAUAGCACAACUUAUGCAUUGCUUUGAUUGGGUUCUUCCAAACAACAUACUCCCAACUGAGUUGGACAUGACUGAAGAGUUUGGUCUCACAGUUCCUAGAGCCAAGCAUCUACUUGCCAUUCCUACUUAUCGGCUUCAAGAUUGACAUCAUCUUCGUUCUGUUUUGUUUUUGUUAUCUUAAAUAAUCUGCCCGUGCAAUUUCAGAAAUUUCUAUUCAAGUUGUACGUAAUCAUUUUGUGAAUUCUACUUUCUGUUUGUACUCAUUUUAUGGACCAUAUUUUCUGCUGGACUGUCUUGCUAGA